AUGCAAAUUUACGGACUUUGUUUUAUUGUUGAACAGGAAAUAAAACCGAUUCCUUUACAAAAUGUUACUGUUGAAGCUAAUAUCGUUGAUAUGAUCGCUGAAGUUACGAUCAGCCAGGCAUAUAAAAAUAUUGAAAAAGACACUAUUGAAGCGCUCUAUAAGUUCCCUAUCUAUGAAGCCGCAGCAAUCUGCGGGUUUGAAGCAGAAAUUGAUGGUCAAAGAAAAGUAAAGGGUAUCGUAAAAGAAGCAAAAGAGGCUGCGAAAGAGUAUACUGAAGCAAUUCAGGAAGGACAUGGUGCUUAUUUGUUAGAAUCUGAAUCCGAAGAUGUGUUUCAAUGUUCUGUUGGAAAUAUUACAUCGGAACAAACUGUAGUCAUUAAGAUUACAUAUGUUACCGAACUUAAACAUGAUUCUGAAUCAGAAAAAAUUCGAUUUGUCCUACCAACUAAUAUCGCUCCAAGAUAUGGUUCUUCAGAAUACUCGUCAUCUUCAAAUGAUGGAAAAAUUCUUAAUCCUGAUGUUGUAUCUUAUUCUGAUAAAGCAGAUUUUUAUUUAGAACUUGCUGUUACUUGUAGAAUGACUUCAGCUAUUCAAAAUAUUGAAUCACCUUCACAUAAAAUUUCUACUGAAAUGAAUAUUGACGGAAAUCCUAAAAUUUCUAAAAUUACUUUGACCGAACAAAUUACUUAUUUAGAAAAAGAUUUUAUUCUUGUUGUUAAGAGUAAGGACCUUGAUCAACCACGAGCUUUUGUUGAGUAUGAUCCUGAACUACAAACUAAUUGUAUUAUGUUAACUUUGGUUCCAAAAUUUUCAUUAAAUACUACUAUAUCCGAAUUAGUUUUUGUUGUUGAUAGAUCAGGAUCAAUGGAUAUUGAACCUAUGAAGAAAGCCGCACAAGCACUUGAAUUAUUAUUACGUUCCCUUCCUGAAGAUUGUUAUUUUAAUGUAGUAUCUUUUGGAUCUGAUUAUGAUUCUCUUUUUCCAAAAAGUGAACUUUACUCUGAAACAUCUUUAUCUAAAGCUCUUAAUCUUGCUCAAACAAUGAAAUCAAAUUAUGGGGGAACAGAAGUUUAUAAUGUAUUAGAAUGGGUAUUUAAAAAUUCAAGAGAUGAUAUGCCAACUUCUAUAUUUCUUAUUACAGAUGGAGAAGUUUGGAAUGUUGAUCAAAUUGUAGAACUUGUAAGUAAACAUGAAGAAGAAAAGAACGAUGAUUUACGUCUUUUUUCGUUAGGAAUUGGUGAUUCUGUUUCUCAUAAUUUAGUUGAAUCUGUUGCUCGUGCUGGUAAAGGAUAUGCUCAAUUUGUAACAAAUGAUGAAAGAAUGGAUAAAAAAGUCAUUGGAAUGUUAAAAAAUGCAUUAAAACCACCAAUUAAGGAUUAUAAUAUUACUUGGACUGAGGUCAAUUUAUUGGAUGAAAAAGAAUUAGAUAUGACUCCAAUUGAAGUAGAUAAACCUACUAUUAGUUUUAUGAGUGAUGACAAUAUGGAACCACCAUCACCACCACCAAGUGAUAUAUUUUCUGAUAUUAAAGUUCAACAAGCUCCAUAUAUUAUUCCACCCAUUUAUUCUGGAGUUCGAUUUAUUGUCUAUUGUAUUUUAGAAAAAAAUAUUGAACCAUGUAAAGUUAUUACUUUAAAAGCUACUUCUCAAGAUGGCCCUAUGAAACUUGAUAUUCCUUUAGAUACAGUUACUUUACAAGGUUCAAAGGUUCAUAGAUUAGCGGCAAGGAAACUGAUUCAAGAUCUUAAUGAUGAAAAAUCAUUUAUUCAUAAACAUCCUAAAAAUGCUAAUAAACAUAUUCCAGAUUCAUUAGUUAAAGGACAUAUUGUUAAACUUGGUAAAACCUUUAAUUUAGCCUCGAAAUAUACAAGUUUCAUUGCAACUGAUGAGCGAAAUAAUGAAAGUUUAUCCGAGGCUCAAAUAAUUCCACAGAAAAGAGAAGUCCCUCAAUUAAUUACAUCGUAUAGAACGGUACACAAUUUGAGUUCAUUUAGCAUGAGUUCCGUAAUGGUGGUUAGUUCAGAAGAUCUAGUUGAAGAAAGUCCACAAGCAUCGCAACAGGAAGUUAAUGUUAUUCAUCAAGAACCAAAAAUUGAAAAUUUAUUCGAAUUUUUGGGAUUACAAUCAUUUGAUGGUAAAUUCUUACCUAAUAAAACAUUUUAUGAGUUUUUUUAUAAAAAUUAUUUAGAUGGUUUUAAUAACUUUAAACAAGAAAUUGAAAAAGAAUUAAGUGAAUUAAGUGAAAAGGAAAUUGAAGAAAUAUUAACUAGUUGUAUUGCUAUUGCUUAUUUGAAAAUUGUUAUGUUUGAUGAUUUUAAAGAUGAAUGUGAAAUGUGUUAUGAAAAAGCUGAAAAAGUUUUUAAGAAAAUGAUUGGAAAUAAUGAAAAAGAAAAAAUUAUUAUUGAAAAAGCUGAAGAAUGGAUUAAAAAUUGGGUCAAUAAUAGUGAUUAAGGGUGAUCAAUCUGUUAUUUGUUGUAUUAGUUUUAUUUUUUGUGUAUUUUUUUAUAUUUAGUUAGUAUAUUAGUAUACUUGUUAUGAUUAUCUUUAUAUUAAAUUUGAAACAUGUGAAUUAAAUUUGAUAUGUUGGCCUAUCGCGGAUAGGAUA